AUGGCCCCCAGUGUCUCGAUCCUGCAGGCGAACGUCAACCACUGCGUCGCGGCUCAAGAUUUAUUGAUACAGACCGCGGCGCAGUGGAAGAUCGACGUAGUCAUAGUCGCCGAGCCGUACUACGUCCGCGACCGCGAUGAUUGGGCGGGCGAUCGCGACGACUCGGUGGCUAUCGUCGCCUGGAGACGCACGGGCCCCACACCCUUCAAAAGUAUAACAAAGGGUCGCGGUUGGGUUCUUGCGUCGCUGGGCGGCAUUGCAGUGAUCGGGGUGUACUUCGCGCCGAGCAGGAGUUUUGCCGACUUCGAGCGGAUGCUCGCCGAAGUCGGCGCUCUUGUGGCCGAUGCACACCCCACCCCUGUGGUGGUCGCUGGAGACUUCAACGCCAAAUCGAGUGCAUGGGGUUCUCCGGUGACAGACCUCAGGGGGGAGACACUGGCGGACUGGGCGGUGUCCACGGGGCUCGUCCUCCUGAAUAGGGGGGCGGCCCAGACGUGCGUGCGCAGUCAGGGCGGGUCUAUCGUGGAUCUUUCAUUCGCUAGCCCCGCACUGGCUCGCCGCACGAGGAGGUGGAGAGUGGAGGAGGGGGUGGAGACUCUGUCGGAUCAUCGGUAUAUCCGGUUCGACAUGGUCUCCACCCCCGCGGACGCUUCGGCUGUAACGCCGGACCGUCCCUUGCCGGGAGAGGGCCCACGGUGGAAGGUGUCCACCCUGGACCCGGAGCUGGCCAAGGAGGCCUGA